UCUCUCUCUCUCUCUCUCUCUCUCUCUCUCUCUCUCAUAACGACAAUGGCUUCUGCUAGAAUGUGCCAAUUCUUCAUGAUCGUAGCUCUUUUGGCUACUUCAUGCAUAGCCCAAGCCCCAGUGGCCACCCCAACGGUCUCACCCACAGCCAGCCCCACACCUGCCCCAGUUGCACCACCAACUCCCUCACCCGCACCCGUCCUUGCUCCGGCUCCAGCACCCGCUGCACCAACUCCUUCUCCUGUCUCCGGACCGGCCCCAUCCCCAUCAUCACUUGCACCAAGUGCCCUUUCACCCGGUCCAUCUGCUGGUCCUUCACCAGCACCCGGAGGACCCGUAGCUGAUGUUCCCAAUGGCUCUUUUGCUGAUGGGUGGCUCAACCGAGCUGUCAUUGCUGGAACUGCAUUCGCUGGAUCGGUCAUUGCUGUUACAAUGAUGUAAAGAUGCUGAAGGUUUUUGGUGUUGCCCUACUAAUGAGAUACAUUCUAUAUUUUUCUUUUGUUCUGGUUACUUGAUCUGGACUUCAUUUGUUAUUAUUUUUUAUACAGUUUGGGUUAAUUUUAUUGUUGUUUGAUUGUUUCUACAUUAAAUUUGAGAUAUAUGUGUUGGCUAAUGUUGAGUAUUUGUUAUAAAAAUUAAACAUACUUUUUAUUAUUUUUUUAA